CAACAAACUGCAUUUUACCACCACCACUACCACAUGAAAAAAGAGACCUUGCAAGAAAACUACAGUGAAUAUGAACACUAGCUUUUUAAAAAGAGGAGAUUGCAAUUCAGGGUACAGGAUAAAGAUGGGAGAAAAACGGAAAAGACAACAAAAGCUUCAGAAUGUUCCACAGAUUCCUUGCAUUCGAGUCCCUCCCUCUGCCUCUGGCACUUCAUUGCUGAAGGACCUGACCCAAGGGCAGCAGCGCUACUUUUACAGCAUCAUGAGGAUUUACAGCCCCCGGCCCCAGUGGGAGGCCCUGCAGACCCGAUAUAUUCACCGCCUUCUGCAAGAGCAGCUGCUGGGCUAUAUCACUCAACAGGAAGCCUUGGCUUAUGCUGCUGUACUUAGAGAUUCAACCAAGAGAGCUUCAGCCAAGGCAGCUCCUCAAAGAACCAUCCCCCAGAGGGCCUCGGGCAUGACAAGAACACGGCCCACAGCACUACCCGUGUCUGCUGUUGCUGUUGGACCCAGGGCCCAAAGCACGGGGCUCCGAUCCCUCAAGACCAAGACUUUGCACAAUCUGUGAAUGGUUUGCCCAUAUUCCCCUGGCAUCUAGUGGGUACUUAGUGCAUAUUUGCUGACUAUGAAUGAAUGAAAGAAUAACUUCCAAUGCAAACCCCACUCCUAGAAAUGAUCUCUCCCAUUCACAUACACUUCACCAGCAAGAACAAGGUGAAAGAGCGAGGCUUAAGAGCAAUGGCGCUAAGAGUAAGCAAGUCUUUCGUUUCACAUAAUCUGUAGAAUAAAAUUACUUUUGAAGUUUUCAAAGUAAAAGCUUCCUUUGUAUUAGAACAUCCCAGAGAAAUUCCAAGAAUGGUGGAAGGGGACAAGUGACCAGAGGGUUCAAGUCCUCUGUCACUGGGUGAGCAUUCUUUGCAUACUGAAAAUACAGAAACCAACACAGCGGGAACACUGAGCAAGGCAGGGCUUCUGGAUCAUGUCACCUAAGCAGCUACUGGACUCUGCCUUUCCAUGACCUCCUUCCUCUCAUCUUCCCCAUCAAACAAGAGCAUUCAACCUGACCCCACACCUUCUGGUUCUUGCCUAACAGUCACUUCGUGUCCUCUUGAAACCUGGAUUAUCAACCUACUACAGUUGGGUUCAUUCUACACAGUUGUAAAUGACUUUGACACAGGUAAGAGGAUUCAUGUACACGUCUUCCCCUGGCAGCUGAAGAUACAUUCUCAGCAGAACAAGAAAUAGCCCCAAAGAACAGAUCUUGAGUCUAACCUCUCUAUGGACUUAAUGAUUUUAAGCAAAGCACACAGACUACACAAAUAUGCAAAAACAAAAAAACAAAACAAAACAAAACAAAAACAAAAAACAGAUAACAGAGAGUCAGAUCAUCACACAAAUAGUAGAGUAUUAUGUUCGUUUUAUUUAACAGAUAUCUGUUGUGGCUCAUCAGGUUAUGAACCUGACUAGUAUCCAUGAGGACACAGGUUUGAUCCUGGCCUCACUCAGUGGGUUAAGGAUCCAGCAUUGCCAUGAGCUGUGCUGUAGGUCACAGACAUGGUUCAGAUCCUGCAUGGCUGUGGCUCUGGUGUAGGCUGGCAGCUGCAGCUCUGAUUCAACCCCUGGCCUGGGAACGUCCAUAUGUCAUGGGUGCAGCCCUAAAAAAAAAAAAAUCAAAAAAAAAAAAAACCAAGAACAACUCCAGUUAUACAUAUUAGUGAUUUUUUUGUGUGUGUUAAAAAUAAGUCACCAGUGUUCACAGGAAGUCAAAAUUUUUAAAUGCCUUUUCUCCAUCUAAUUUCGAAAUGGUCAAUCCUUUCCCUUGUUCAGGUUGGUCAAUGACUUUGCCAAGCCUAUAAAAGGAAUUGGUUGAGAUGAAGUAUUAACUUGCUUGGUAAGAAAUAUGCUAACGCCUAUCUGAAAGGAAGAUGCUGCAAUAUUACCAGAAGAAAACAAACUUAUUGAUGAUUAUUAUCUUGUUUUUGCAACCAUUAGCACAGAAGAAAUAAAAGUUAUGAGAUUCUGAAAACUCCCUGUA